AGCGAGUGCGCGCACGGCGCCCGCAUCUCACCCAUUACCUUCAUCAAGACCUGUGUCCACUCCAGAAGACUCAAGAAUGGAGGUCCACCACACACCAGGCGUGCACAGCGCCGUGCACGAGGAGAUCCGCUAUAACGGACCCAUGAGCGACAUCAGCUCUAUCCCCGGCAGCCACCCAAUACUCGCUGCUCGCUCCCUUCCCGAUGAGCAGCACCCGGCCGCCCCGGACGUCCAGCCAAUGCACAACGUCGUCGGCCCAGGUGCCACUCACGCUCACGCUUACCACUCUCACCCCGGCGUCAUCGGUCCCGGCUACCGCAGCCAUGAGCCGCAAGUGCAGUACAUUUUGGUUACGCCCGAGAUGCUGGAGCAGAUGCAGCAUGGACAAGCGCCGACGUCGCACACGGUCUGGCCAGGCGCAGUCGGCCACAUCACCCCCGCAGACACGCCUGCACACACGACAGCCCACCCCACCCCAAAGAAUUCGUCACUGCCCGUACACAAGCAGACGUCGGUCGAGCACUUUGAGCACCACCCGGAGCUCGAGGUGCCCGACCGAGCCGACAUCUGCAUGCCUGCCAACCCCCUUGCCCGUUUCCGCCACAAGUACAAGGACUACAUCGGCGAGUUCAUUGGAACCAUGAUCCUCCUCAUUUUCGGCAACGGCGUCAACUGCCAGGCAGUCCUCAGCGAGUGGAAGCAGGGCCAGUACCUGUCGAUCUCGUUCGGGUGGGGCAUCGGUGUCAUGUUUGGCGUGUACGUUUGUGGCGGCGUGAGUGGCGCCCACAUCAAUCCGGCCGUGACUAUCUCGUUGGCGACAUUCCGCGGCUUCCCAUGGCGAAAAGUUCCCGGGUACAUCCUCGCGCAGACGCUCGGAGCAUGCUUCGGCUCGUGUCUCGUGCAAGGCAACUACCACCGGCUUCUGAACCAGUUCGAGGGCGGAUACAACGUGCGGACGUUUGGCCUCGAGACGUCCACCGGCGCCCUCUUCUUCACCAACACGCAGCCGUACAUGACCAAUGUCGGCGCCUUUUUCUCCGAGGUAUUCGCGACCGCAGUCCUGAUGGGUCUCAUCCUCUGCCUCAGCGACCAGAACAACAACCCUAUCCCCAACGGCAUGAACGGUAUGGUCCUCCUGUGGCUGAUUGUCGGCAUCGGCGCCGCGCUCGGCACCGAGACGGCCUACUGCCUCAACCCUGCGCGCGACCUCGGCCCCCGCAUCGCCUGCGCCAUGUUCGGCUACCCGAAGACCAUCUGGACAUAUCGCAACUGCUAUUGGAUAUACACGCCGAUCAUCGCGACGAUUUGCGGCGCGCUCGUCGGCGCGUUCACGUACGACCUGUGCAUCUUCGACGGCAAGGAGAGCCCGCUCAACAAGCCAUGGCGCAAGGAGAAGAAGACGGAGAAGGGCGAGCUCGCACACGUGUGAGGCGCCAUUGGCGAGGCG